CUCUCUUGUUGCGGGCGAUCCGGUCCAGCUGCUCCGGGGACAGAGGCGUCUUAGACGGGCUACAGGGCUCCGGGUCCUCCGCACUGGACUUCUGCUUCUUCUGUAAAAUUUUGGUAUAUUGUGCAAAACGAAGCGCAGCUGUAUGAUGUCCUAAAACUAAAUUCCUCUGAGUGAUGCCAACAGCAGGCACACUGAGAUGGAAAAGUUUGUGGUUAAAGGACAAAAACGCUCCUGCAUCAAUGAUGCACCAAAAAGAAGUCCCUGGAAGAGGAUUAAACCAGAGAGAGAUACCAGUGGAGACUUGGAAGAAGAGGAAGAUGAGGCUGCAGCUUCUGGAGAGUUCUCUGAUCCCAUUCCCUGGCAAAAAAUAGAGGCAGAGGGAUUGGACCUUGAUUAUGCAUUGCUCUUCUCGAAGGAAGAAGCAGACCACCUCUUUAAAAAGUUGGAGGAGGAAGUUGUGUAUGCGUCAGGAGAAGAGUCAAAGGUGCAUGUGUUUGGAAAGUUGCACAACAUACCAAGGAAGCAGGCAACAUAUGGAGAUGCAGGUUUAACUUAUACUUAUUCUGGAGUGGCUCGUUCAGCCUGCCCAUGGACUUCAACCUUGGAAAACAUUCGAAAUGCAGUCACUAAAACAACAGGACAGUCGUUCAACUUCGUCUUGGUCAACAGGUAUAAAGAUGGACAGGAUCACAUGGGUGAGCAUCGUGAUGACGAGAGGGAGCUCGACCCUCGCUCCCCAAUCGCCUCCGUCUCUUUGGGAGCAGCCAGAGACUUCAUCUUCAGACACAGAGACGCUCGAGGGAAACAGAGCCGCCGGCAGAUCGAGCCAGUGAAGCUGGAGCUGGCCCACGGCAGCCUCCUCCUCAUGAACCCACCGACCAACACCUUCUGGUACCACAGCCUUCCUGUUCGCAAGAAGAUCCUCCUGCCACGCAUCAAUCUCACCUUCAGACGCAUCCUGCUGGACCGCAAGAAGUGACAGCAGGGACUCUACCGGGCUGAGGUCUAAGUUUAGGAUAGUGAGGAAUAUUUCCGCCCACAACGUGCAUCUGGGCGUAUCUGAAAUCUGUGACACUGAAGUAGAGUUCAUGUUCAGAGCAUUCAAAAAAACAAUAUUGUAUCAUAUUUCUGUUCUUGCAAAGCCGUUUGUUUUGUUGCCAUUAAAAUAACAUUCAA